UGGAAGAGACAAGGUAAGCAAGGAACUUUAUCAGUAGUUGGUGGAAAGGCAUCAGUCCUGAGAAAACUCAAGCUGCAGAAGACGCAGUUGUAUGAUAUUAGGGUCUGAUAUUUAGGUUGCGAUAUCUGGAAUCGAUCCAGAAGAUUUUAAGAGUUACCCAGUAGAGAUUGACUUUGGAGAGAAAGAUUAUAUCCAAGAUCACGAUGAAAUUCCUGAUGAAAAUCUGAUUCCUGACCAAAAUGUGAUCUGGACUUAUGAAAUUGGAGAGUCCCCCUCUGAUAAGCCAAAGCUACUGUUAGUCCAUGGCUUCGGAGCUUGCUCAAUGUUUUACUUCAAGACAUGGAAGCGCCUCACUGAAAAUUUUCAUAUAAUAUGAAUCGAUUUACUAGGAUUUGGAAGGUCUUCCAGACCUAAGUUCAAGUGUAAAACCUCUGAAGAAGCUGAAGACUUCUUCGUUUUGUCCAUAGAGAAAUGGAGAGAACAAAUGCAGCUUGAUUCAUUCAGCAUUUGUUGUCACAGCUUCGGAGGAUACGUAAUGGGGAGAUAUGCUCUGAGGUUUAGUGAUAAUAUCAAAAAAAUUAUUUUUCUGUCGUCAUUAGGAGUAGACCAUGUGCCUGAAGAUAUCGAUCAGGGCCUUGAAAAUUUCCAUUGAACUCUAAGGUUUGCUAAACGAGCAGUUUUCAGGUUACAAAAGUAUUUACCCAGAUUCAUCCAAACAAUCAAUCCCUAUUCACCUCUGAGAGUUCUUGGUCGAAUGUCUGGUGUAUUUUUGAAACGAGAGACUCGGAUGAACAUGAAGAAGAUGCCAGAAGAAGAAUUUGAAAUUAUCUAUCGCUACCUUUAUCAAGUGACUCUAAAGCCAGCCAGUGCUGAAAGCGCCAUCCACGUGUUGUUCACCAGGAACUUCAUCCCCAAACACCCUCUCAUCGAAGCCAUCGACGCCCCUGAUGGCUUCAAAGCCAGAGGCAUCGACACGUGUUUCAUUUACGGAGACUCCGACUGGCUGGACAUGAACAUGAACGGGCCCAAGGUCAGUGCAGUCUUGGCAGAAGAAGGCCACAACGUGCAUGUGCUCGAAGACUCCGACCACCACUUGUUCUUCGACAAUGUGGAGGGGCUGCUCAAGAUCAUCGAGGCGCAGUUCAAAGAAGAGUAACCUCAGUUUACCCAAUUCAGGCAAGAAGGCCGUUCAA